CGAAGGGCGAAGAGGCCGCGGCCCGGCCCGAAGAGCCAGGCGGCGCUUGCCAAAUACACGCGCACGCGCGCCCCGGCAGCCACGAAGAGCCAGGCGCGGGGUCCCUCUCCCGAACCGGAGCCGAGCGGCGAAGCCUGAGGAGGAGAUUCCCGGCAGGGAGCGAGCGAGGCGGCGCUGCCGAAGGUUCCUUCAUUCUGUCCUCAAUGGAGACUGACUGCACAGGUCAAGGAUGAAGAGCAGCCCUCACAGGCCCCUGAUUCUCAAGAGACGGAAGCUGUCUUUCCCACAUAGCGAUGCGGCUAGCACAUUAGCAGGAGAUGAGCCAAGUGGCCAGAAUGUUGGGUCUCCUAAGCAGGAAGAAGCAAAACCUAAGGAGCAUGGCACAAACAAAACGGAACCUGGAAAUCGAGAAGCCCCUGUGGGGGGGAUUAAGAUAAUAGACCACCCGACCUUGUCAGAUGCACAGGUGGUAGCUAUUCCUGCUAACACAGAUGUCCAAAGUAUCAUUGAUGCUCUAACUGCCAGGGGGAAAGAAUCUGGCAGUAAUGGGCCUAGCAAAUUUAUUCUCAUCAGGAGCAGCUCUCCUAGAAUGGAGAGAAGAGAGUUCAAUAAUCUUUUCAAACCUGAUGAGGAGCACAGCACUGCCCACAACAAGGCAGAAGAGGAUGAAAAGUACAUUGGGCAAAGCUCUGCAUUAAUGGAAGAGCUGCUGUCUAUGGAUGGACGAGAACAGGAAGAAAACAGCAGUGCGGAAACAACAAGCAGUGUCUUGGACAACAGUCUGACUAACAUUCAGUGGCUGGGCAACAUGAGCUCUAGUGGACUGAGCCCUUGCAGUGUGAAAAAAGAAACGGAGAAGGAGAACCAGACCCCCAAGCAGAAAGCUAUUAAGGCCGAGGAAGGUUCUGCAGCUUCUUCCUCUACUACCUCAUGGCAGGAGUCCUUCUCUGAACGUCCCCCCUACUCCUAUAUGGCCAUGAUCCAGUUUGCCAUCAACAGUACUGAGAAGAAGCGCAUGAUGCUGAAAGAUAUCUACACCUGGAUUGAGGAUCAUUUCCCUUAUUUCAAGCAUGUAGCCAAGCCAGGCUGGAAGAACUCUAUAAGGCACAAUCUUUCUCUUCAUGACAUGUUUGUUCGAGAGACAUCUGCCAAUGGCAAAAUCUCAUUCUGGACCAUUCACCCUGAAGCCAACCGCUAUUUGACAUUGGACCAGGUGUUCAAACCACUGGAUGUGCAGUCACCAGCAUCACCCGGGCUCUUGGAAUCACAGCAAAAACGGCACAUUCCGGAUCUACAGAAGAAUAUGAGAGGCACUAGUGGUCGUAAAAAUGAGCCACAGACUGCACGCCGAAAAAUGAAACCCUUGCUGCCACGUGUCAACUCCUACCUAGUUCCAAUUCAGUUUCCUUUGAGUCAGUCCGUCAUCCUUCAACCUUCUUCAAAGAUGCCUCUUCCUGCAGCCCAGGGAGCCUCAGAGACCAUGCAGAGCAGCAAACCGGUGUGCAUUGCUCCAAAGGGGUUGCCGUCCAAUGAGGAGCCAGCCCUGCUCCCAGCGCCCAUCCCCAUAAAGGAGGAGACUUGUGAUGGAGAGUUAUCUCCAUUUACAUCCCAGCAGUCCAUAAAGCAGGACGCCUGUUGGAUCAGCAAAGAAUCCUUCACCGCAGCCCUGCAUAUAAAAGAGGAGAGCGACAACUUUCAUUCCAAUACAUGGGCCCCCCAAUUCCUCCCCACAGUGUCCACAAAGGUAGAGCCAGUGCAACUGGGUGAACAGCCAGACAUAGUCCUUCCAGCACCACCUGCAAAGCAGAAGAGACCAUUUACAGCUCUCAAGUCACCAUCCCGGAGCAAGUUGGACACACUGGUUAUCAAGAGACAAGAGAGGCAAGAAGUGGGCAGAUCCAGAAGGAAACAGCACUUAGCCCUGCCUUCCUCUGAAGAACCAGUCCUCCUCCUCCUGCAACCCACCAGUAGGUCAGAGUCAUGUGACCCUCCAUUUGAAACGGAUACUCAUCUUCUGGAAAAUACAUCUCAAUUUAGUUGCUCUCAGGGAGAAGUCAAUCCUUUUAAAUCUGUAAUAAAAGAGAUGUUCUGCAAGAUGCCCAUUUCUUCUGUACCUAGUAAAGCCCCCAUAACCACCCCAGCACCAUUCCUGACAACUGCUGACCCCUGGAGAUUGGCACCUUUUGUCAAGGAAACUAGUGAUCUGCUUUGCAGUCCUGUGAGAACCCCUCCAACCUCAUUAAUAUCCCUUCAGGGGAACGUGGACAUCCUGGGACUUGGAAGCACUCCCUUAAGGCCAUCGUUAUGUGAUUCUCCACAGCUGCCACUCCUAAAUGCAGAAACCAAUGACAUGGUCUCUGGGCCCUUGACGAGCUCUCCUGCAUCCAGCAAACAGUCGUCCCCAGAGCUUCAAUCUUCUGCUCUUCCUGAAAACCAUUCAUUCUUGGAAGGCCUGGUCCUGGACACCAUGAAUGACAGUUUGAGCAAAAUCCUACUAGAUGUCAGUUUUCCUGGCCUUGAGGAUGACAACUUGGGUACUGAUCUCAGUUGGUCACAGUUAAUUCCUGAACUGAAAUGACCACAUUUGGUUUAUAGAUUCUGUUUAAGUGCAAACAACCAAGGGAUGCAGUUUGUGGGUUAAACUGACUCCCAAGCUAUUAUCACAUUAGGAUGAUCCUAUCAUAUAGCUGAUCACAGAAUGAUCCAGAAGCUGCUUGGAGUCCUAAUGGAUAUUGCUAUUGAGUGGACAAGGCUGAUCCACUGGACAAUCAAUGAAAUCUAGGUCAGUUCCUUACAAAACAUAGUGAAAAUCCCUUUUAAUAGCCCUCCCAUUUGCUAGAGCAUCUAAUGUACAUAUGUUGGUCUUUGUAUAUAUUUGUAUAUGUUAAUGUCUUUUAAAGUAAAUGUAAAAGAAGAUGAGAGAUUCUUGUAUGUUUAAUAACUGCAGAGGGAACAUCAGCUGGUUCUGUUUGUAAAGAAAAGACAUGCAUCCGCCAAAGGUUUUCUCUGUUACACUACACAUUAAAUGCAAGUGCUCUGAAAUCCUAUGUGGCCUUCGGUCACUUAUUUCCAUAAGUGGAAAUAACUAUUCUUUGAGGACCGCCACAUUGUUUUGUGCCUUUAAUAGGAACCUAGCAUGAAGGAAUUUAGCAGCCAAAGCAUUUCCCAUUUCUACGUCCAUAUGAAGAGAAAGCUUUAGCUGCGCAAGUUUUUAUUCCAGGCUCCUGUUAAAGGAACAGGAGUAGGACCAGAAAAAAAUACACUGGCAACCCUAUUCAGAAUUCAUAUGCAAGCAGAUUGAAAUGUCUCCAAUCAAUCAGAAAAGGGAGAUUUUGAUUGCCAUAGAGACGAUUUAUAAAUAUGCUUGGGUGGGAUUUGGAGCUGCUGCGUUUUAAAUCUCACUGUCACUGCUGAUGUCACUUUUCCUGAAACGCCUGGUGCUUAAAUGCCCAGCAGAGCAGUAGUUUGGCUUAGAUGCUCUAAAAUCCUCCCAGUAGGGCAAAAGUAACUUCUAACCCAGCACAGCCACACUGACAGGUACCACUUCCGAGUAGUGAUUCGUGCAAGCAGGGUUGGCAAAAACAUGGCCACUACCAGGUAGGAAUGCCUGCCGCUGUAGUCAAACCAGGUCAGGGGCUGCUUCCUUUAUGGGGACAUGCCAUUCAAAGUUUGAGAAUGGUUGGCUAAACUGUUGUUGGACCCAGCUUUCAUCAGCCUCAGCAUGGCUGAGGGGUGAGGGGAGUCCAGCAACAUCUGGAGGGCCGAACCAGAUCCAAGCCAUCCAUCCCAGGCACCACUUAGCUUCCCAACUUGAGCACUUGAUGUAACCUUCAGCAAUUAGAGAAAUGGGGAAGAGCUUCAAAAAUUGAUCCCGCAAUCUUCAUUUGGGGAAAGGGAGCGCUUUAAGCAGGAGAUCAAACUUCAAACACACAUUUUUAAAACUUGUUCCCCUUCUCUUAUAUCAUAUGGGUGAAAAGAAAAGAAAGCAAUUGUGUGAAAUGUGAUUUGUCUUAUGCAUUGCCUAGUCUGGCCUUAAAAAAUAAAUGAAUCAAUAAGCCCUGCAUAGAAGUACUUCAGCCACAGUCCGUGUUUGUGUUUCUUCUAACAACCUAUGCAAUAAAGCCA